AUGCGCACAUCCUACCUCCUCGCCGCCGCCCUUACCCUCCUUGGCGGUGCUUACGCCGACGACGACAGCACCACAGUAGUCGGCUACUUCAAGCCCUACUGGUCGGUGGACCUCCCUGAAUACGGCGGCUGGACCAGCACCGGCGCCAGCGUCGCAGGCAUCAAUGCCGUGAAAACCACCUACAAAAUGAGCUGUCUCAAAGACGCCCCCAAGACAGACUGCGACAUGAAGGACGCAUACACUAUCAUUCAAGGCCCGGAAACCGUCAGUGUCAGCCAAGUAUACACUGCUUCGACGUCGGACAAGACCACCAGCUUCGAUGUCACCGUGACUCUGUCAUACGAAUGCUCAUUGAAGUCAUGGACUGAAUCGGCGAGCUGCACCAUGAGCGCGGGUUUCAGUGGAAGUGAUGAUGGCGCGACGUACGCUUCGUCGACGUCGACCAAGUCUACCUAUGAGAACCCGACUAGCAGAUUCUAUUCCCUUGUUGUCGCGGGGGGUGUCAAGUCGUUCACCGAGCCCGCCGCUACGAAGACCCCUGAUGCUGCUGCUGGUGUCGGGGCUCCUGUUGCGGCUAUGAUUACGGCGGCGCCUGUUGCGGCCGCUGCUAUGGUUGCUGCGGCGUGGGUUUAG